AGGACAGGCAGCGGGGCGCAUGGCAGGCCUGGGCGGGGGGGGUUCCCCCCCGCGGGCCCCCCCGGCCCCCCCCGCGCUGCAGCCGCGCUGGAAGCGGGUGGUGGGAUGGGCCGGGCCGGUGCCCAGGCCCCGACACGGCCACAGGGCCGUGGCCAUCAAGGAGCUCAUCGUGGUCUUCGGGGGAGGCAACGAGGGCAUCGUGGACGAGCUGCACGUCUACAACACCGUCACCAACCAGUGGUUCAUCCCGACAGUGAGGGGGGACAUUACUAUGUCCCCUCCACCUGCUGACCCCCCCUGGCCCCCCUUUGCCCCCCCAGCCACCCACCAGUGGUUCAUCCCUGCG